AUGGUUUUUUAUAAAGGUAGCUGCUUAAUGAAUGAAGAAAGCAGUGAAUAUCUAGGGCUAGACACUAGUGUUGUGAAUGAUUUUGAAGAAAAAGAUGUUUCUUAUUUAUUAAAAAAUAAACAUAUUUUUUCGGAAAAAAAGGAACAAAUAACAAGGUCUUUAUCUUUAAAUGAUUUAAAACAUGUCUACGAAACUUUUUAUUUUUCUCAAGUGGCUAGAAAUAUGAAUUAUUAUAGAUCAUUAGUAUGGAGUAAUGAAAUGGAAAAAUCAAUACAAAAUCAACAAGAUCUCCAUUUCAGGCUUUUUAAAAAAGAAUAUCUUGAAAAAAUCUCAAUAUGUGAAGAUCUUAUAACACAUGUUUCAAAAAUGUUUGAAAAAUUAAGAGUAAUAAACAUUGAUUUAAAAAAAUCCUAUGAAAAUAGUCAUGUUUUUAGAAAUAAUUAUGAGAAACUUGAAAAAGAAAAGCAAAAUGCUAUAUUAUUAAAAGAUCAAAUUAGACAGAAUCUUGAAGCGUAUUGUUCUCUUGAUGUAAUUUAUAAGUUAUUGAAUACAUCUGGCGUUGAGCUUAUUACAAAACCUGAGUUUUUUGAUAUGCUUAAAAAAUUGGAUAAAGGUUCGCAAAUGAUGAAAGAACAUCCUGAAUUCAAGAAUUCUUGGAUUUAUAGAGAAAAAUUUGAACAAUGUUUAACAAAGGCUAUGACAUUGAUUUGUGUUUUUUUUGUACAGGUGAUAAAGGAAUUAAAUGAGGGAAUCAAUGAGGAUUUUUCUUUUAAGGUAUCUAAUAAUAUUAACCAAACUGCAUUUUUAUAUACAAAAUUUCGUGUUCGUGCUAUUGAAUUAAGGCCAUAUAUUAAAGAAAUAGAGGAAAGAAUCAAAGAUCAUAACGAAUAUAACGUAAUGAUUAAUGAUUGUCAAAAAUUUUACUUUGGAAUAAGGUAUAAAUUGGUUAAACCAAUUAUUUCUCAGAAAUUAAAUGAACUAUCAAAUGAAAAUAUUAUUCGAUUUUCUAGAAUAAGUAUUGCAUUUUUUACUGGUCUGUGUUUUGAUGAGUUUUCUCUUUUUCGAGAUUUUUUUCAAAAUGAUGAUUCAAAAUUUUAUUCUUAUUCUCAAAAAUUAUUUGAGCCUAUAUCUACUUAUUUACAAUCAAAUUUAUUCAAAGAGACAAAUUUAUCGCUACUUUGUGAGGUUUGUUCUGUUUUUAAAGUAAAAAUAUCUGAAGAUAGUGAAAAUGAAAAUUCGUUAGAUAUCGGUCAAGAUUGUUAUAAGAUAGAUUAUUCAGUCAUAUUUAAUGAAAUUAUUCAACAUAUUCAAUCAUUUAUUGUAGUUCAAGUUCGAAAUGUAGCUAAAUUAGAAAUUCAGAAUUUUAUUCCCUCUAAAAAUGCUUUUAAUUUUUCCAAAACUUUAGAAAAGAGAGAUCAAUCGGAUUCAUUAUUAACCAAGGUUUCUGAUGUUUCAAAAGAAGAAUUAUAUGACAGUGAUUUGGUUAUUAGAUGGUAUCCUACAUUAAAUAAAACAAUUUCAUUGUUGUCAAAAAUAUAUCCUUUAUUGAAUACAAAAUCUUUUAAUACUGUUGCUUAUGAUAUCGUUAAUAUUUGUAUUUCUUCACUUAGUCAUGGAUCACAAGUACAAACAGAUAUUUCUAUGAGAGAUCGUCAACUUUUUCUUGUAAAGCAUUUAUUGAUAUUGAGGAAUCAAAUAUUGGAAUUUAAUAUAGAUUUUUUUCAUUUUGAAAAAGAUGUAAAUAUUGAUACUGCAAAUAUUAGUUCUUGGGAUGUUUAUAAUAAACUUCGAUUAUUUAAUCCAUUAGAACUCUAUAAAUCUGCAUGGAGUAAAAUUUCAGGAUUUUCAUCUACUGAAAGAGAUAUAUAUAAUAAAUUCAAUACUCUUCUUCAAACAGCUAUUAAUGCUUCUAUUGAACAUUCCUUAAAACCUUUUAUAGAACCUAUUCAGAAAAUAAGGAAGAUCAAGAAACUAUCUAACGAUUCUAUUGAAGCAAUAAUUAAUGAAUCCCUUAUAUCUAUUGAGAAAGAAGCACCUCUUCUCAGGAUUACUUUUUUAAGUUAUAUUGAAGAUUCACAAAUUAUACAUAUUUUUUUUAUCGAUAUUAUAGAUAAGUUUUCAAAAGAAUUAGGUGAUAUAGGGAAAUGUCUUUCUCCUGAAUAUUUAACAACUUGGUCUCAAACCGAUCAACUGAUAUCAUGUUUAAGUCGUCUUCUAUUAAAUAAUAAUUCUUCGGAAAAAGUUUCAAAAACUGCUCAUCAAGACAUUAUUAUGAUUCAUUAA